UUGUCUUAUUUUGGAGCUUUUACCGAUCAAAAUUCAGGCUAUCACGGAAACUGCUUACCCUGGAUACUGCCCUGCGUCCUGUUCGUGCCGGGGGUCGGAGUAUGCCCCAAAAGUGGACUGCGCUGGACAAAAUCUCACGAAAAUUCCCGCCAGUUUUAGCAACGGCACGACGCAUCUAGACAUGGCGAUGAACGGCAUUUACAAGCUUCAAGACUAUGCCUUCAGUCGGUUUGAGGACUUAGUGGAAUUACGCCUUGCCCACAAUCAGCUCAAGACAUUCCCACCAAACGUGUUCAAAGGAAUCAAAACGUUAAAGAUUUUGGAUCUGAGGAACAAUAUGUUCAAAAAGAUACCGGUGGCUGCCUUUAAAACUUUGACAAAGCUCCAGCAUUUAUACCUUGACAACAAUUACCUAUCGGAGGUACCACCUGAUAGUUUCGAUAAAAUGGUGUCACUGGUCCGCUUGUGGUUGAACGCCAACCUGUUUACGGAAUGUCCAACGGCCAGUUUGAGCCGGAUAAAGACGUUACGAGUAUUAGAUCUGGAUUCAAAUCAGAUAAAAGUAUUGCAUAAUUACGCCUUCAAGAAUUUAACACGGUUAAACAUUUUAUCGAUGUACAACAACUCCCUGGAAAAGAUAGAGGAUGGUGCCUUUGAAGGUCUGAAGAGCCUAGAAUUGCUGGAUCUGAAUAUGAACCGCCUGACCAAGAUUCCGUACGCCUUGUACAGUAUGCCUCAACUCAAGGAACUCACAUUUGACAACAACAGGAUAGAGUACAUCCAAGACAACGCCUUUGCUGGCAAUAGAAAGCUGACAACCAUCUUAUUCGGUGAAAAUCCGAUUCUGAGCUUUGGAAAGAUGGCCUUUACAAAUCUGCCAAACCUUGAGGAAAUAAAAAUCCAUGAGGCGCGUGAUCAGAUGACAUUCCCUGACCUAACGGGCUGUGGCAAUCUCCAUACAAUCAUUUUCGACCGAGCCAACAUUCGAUCCAUCCCAUACGAUCUCUGUGACAAUGUCCCGAUGCUGAAAGUUCUCGAUGUGCACUCGAACCAAGUGUCAAAGAUUCCUGAUUUGUCCGGCUGUACACAUCUCACACAACUUAACCUUGGCAACAAUCAUAUCAACAAUCUGGCCAGCGAGCCAUUCUCUGGGCUACAUUACAUGCAGGAUUUAAUCCUGACCCAUAACGAUAUAUCCCUCCUUCCAGCUGAUGCGUUUAAGGGCCUGAAGAGUCUACAGUACUUAGAUUUGUCCAACAACAAAAUCAGUCAUAUUGAUGAGAAGGCAUUUGCUCCCUGCUCCGCUUUGGAAGACUUGAAUCUUGGAGACAAUCUGUUCCCGACACUGCCAACAGAGGGCCUCGGCAAACUGACCAACCUAAAGACCUACAACAACAAAGAACUAAGGGAGAUCCCUCCGCCGGAAACAUUCCCUAAGAUCCAGUGGCUGACUUUAUCGUAUGCUUACCAUUGCUGUGACUUCCUCUCAGACGUAGAUCCAGAGGCUGAGAAUAAUAAUCUGGGCAUUAUUGAAGAGGUGAUCUGGCUGAAUAGCGGUUAUGAUCCAAGUCUCUUCCACAAUGACACUCAGGAGAUAUGGGACCCUCUCGCCAACCUGUCUCACGCAAACUACCACGAAAUCCAGCAGCAUAUUUGGGAUAACUUUGCAACAGGAAAGGAGAUAAAGUUACCCGGUGUGGAUGGUGGCGAGAUACCGACGUAUACGUCCGACUUUCUCCAGGAAUACCAGAAGCCUUACAGUGACACUCAUGAUCUGAUUGUAUCCAAACCAGCAGUAAAGUGUAAACCUAUGCCAGGUCCAUUCAUGCCAUGUGAUGAUUUGAUGGGUUGGUGGGCGCUCCGCUGCGGUGUCUGGAUCGUGUUCCUCUUUGCGCUUCUCGGCAACGGCUGCGUUCUCUUCGUCCUGAUCUCAAGCCGUACCAAGAUGGAUGUGCCACGAUUCCUAAUUUGCAACUUGGCCGUCGCUGAUUUCCUAAUGGGGAUAUACUUGGGUUUCCUGGCGGUUGUUGAUGCAAGUACAUUGGGGGAGUUCAAGAAGCAUGCCAUCCGAUGGCAGAUGAGCCCUGGUUGUCUUGUCGCCGGAUUCCUUGGCGUGCUGUCCAGUGAGCUCUCCGUCUUCACCCUCACUGUGAUAACGUUGGAGAGAUUUUAUGCCAUCACUCAUGCUAUGCAUCUCAACAAGAGACUCUCCAUCCGCCAUGCUGGUUACAUCAUGAUGUGUGGCUGGUGCUUUGCCCUGCUGAUUGCCAGUAUGCCGCUGUUCGGCGUGAGUGAUUACAGAACGUUUGCCGUCUGCCUACCUUUCGAGGUCGGUGAUAAUGUUUCACUAGGUUACGUCUGCUUCAUCAUGUUUUGCAACAUGAUCGCUUUCAUCAUCAUUGUCUCGUGUUAUAUGAAGAUGUACUGCUCCGUACGAGGAUCCCAGGCAUGGAACUCUAACGAUUCCCGAGUGGCAAAACGGAUGGCACUCCUGGUCUUCACAGACUUCGCCUGCUGGGCACCAAUAUCGUUCUUUGCCAUAGCAUCUGCAUUCGGGUUGAAUCUGAUUUCGUUGAAUGACGCAAAGAUAUUCACCAUCUUCAUUCUGCCGUUAAACAGCUGCGCCAACCCGUUCCUGUACGCCAUCUUCACGAAGCAAUUCAAGAAGGAUUGCGUCAUCAUCUGCAACAGGAUCGAGGAGUCCUCAGUCGCGCGGCAUUUCACUCGAAUGAAUCAACGGAGCAGUGCCGGGAACUCCUGGGGGUCUUCUCACCGUCCGUCGGCCAUGAACAGCUUUAUGGAGGUCCAGCGUCACAGCUACAACUAUUCGAACAGUCACAGCGGCGUUGCCAACUCGAACAGUGAUGAUGGCAUCCCAUCACAGGCUUGUAUUGUGGUCCAUAAUGACCUAGCUGGUGCAAGUCGGGAGGAGUCGAGCGAAUCAAGCAAGAGCGGUGGAUCAUUUCCGAGAAAACUUCGCCUCACUCUACGCGGACCGAAAAAGUCGCGGACAAAACGACUGAAGAAGCAAAAUAAUAAAGAACGCCGAAACUCGUACACAGCUCCAGUCCCGAAUUACAAGAUGGAAUCCUCCCUGGAGAUGUCGAAUACAAGUGCCAGCUCAUUGCUCUUGAGUAUUUUGCAGAAUCAGCUCACGCAGACACAGUCGGAACCAAGUAAUACGGAUUCCGAGGGAGAUUUGCGAACUGAGGCCAAGAUGACUGGUCGAGGACGACAUCGGGAUCGGAACAGAUUCCCGCACUUUCAUAACGAUGACAAGAGGAAGCGCUCAUCGAAGAGUAGUCCUGGUUGUUGGUCUCGGCGAUUCCAAGGUUCUUUCGGCUCUGGAGGGAAGAAGACGAAUCAGUCAAACGCGUCGUUGCGGGCAAAGAAAUGUAGGUCGUCACGUCUGAGUCAUACGACAAGCGGGACAUCUUGUGAAAUUUCCAGCCCGUUGCCAAGUUCUAGCCAGAGUUCUUCUGAUAAUAAUAAUCAUGAAUAUGUAAAUAUUACGGAGGAGAUGAUUUCGCAUUUACGUGAUGUUUCAAAUUCACGCCCAAACUUACCAGAUGGAAACCCAUCUGCAGAGUUGGGUAACCAUGGUAACUAUUUACAGAUGUGUGAGGUGACUUCAGAGCGGAAGUCAGAUGAGGAAAUGGAGGCAUGUAAUUAUGUAGUAUUUGAUCCGCCGCUUCAUCCCGCGGCAAUUAGCCCCGAGCAGAAGCAAGAAAACCAGAGUUAUAUGCAAAUGAGUAGUCCUUCAUUUGAAUAUGUCCCAAUGGUUGCACUGACGUCAGGUUGUUCACAUCAUUCCAAAGAAAGAGGACGUACUCAAGAGCAGCGUCCACGAAAGCCUACCCCUGAAACUAGCCCAGCAUCCCUUCAUAAUAUACCGACAAUAACAAGGCCACCUCCGACUUGUCAAAAAUCGGACGACACAAACUUUUAUAUGGAUGGUGCAUCAUCCUGCGGGGAAGGAAACUGUCCUUGCCACAAUGCUCGACCUCAACACAUUCCCUCAAACUCUAGUCCAACGCUUACAAAUCAUAAACUUUCAUUCAGUUCUCCAAUUGCGACGUCAAAGUCUCAGUGUAUAGAACUGCACAGUCCAGAUGUGAUGACGUCCAGUACUAGUAUUAACAGCCCUCGUGGUGGUCUUAGCUCUAACAGCCGAUUGAAUCAUCAGGAUUCUGCAUGUGACACAUACUACGAGAGUAUUCGAGAUUCGUCAAGUAGCGCCAACAGUCGGGGAAGCUGCUCGACCAAUGCGUCAAAUUUGACGACGGUGAGUUUAGAUUCCGGUGGGGACUAUCACCACGUAAAUGGCGAUACGAAAGAGACAGACGCCUUCCUUCCUGUGCAGCAGGUUGAGCAAAGCUCAGUCCCAUUGGCCGGUAGUCACGCCCCAUUGCUCGACGAUGGCAGUCAGAGGCGAUUUCCUUUCAGUAUGAGUGCAGAGAGUGGAUUUAACUCGGAGGAAACUGUUGUAUAAAGUUCUUCCUGUUUCGUUCUGGCCAAAGGUACUCAGUUAAACUCAGGGAUAUGACCAGAUCACAUUUAUUAUAUAUACCACAAAAUACUGGUUUUGUACAACACUAGAUUAUUAUUUGGGUAGGCCUAACCCAGUUCUUUCACGGUGUUAACUAAAGCGGCUGCAAAGGGCUAACAUUACUAUUUGCGGUUUAGUGACAAUAGAGAUCAGCAAAGCU